CCUAGAGGACUUUUAUGUGAUUUUUAAGUUACUUUUUACAAACCGGAAGUGGAAUCUUGGUGGUUGCUCCUGUUUUCACUAGAGUGUUAUCCGGCUGUGAGAUGACUGCUUUUCCUCGCAUAGUAAAACAUUAGGCGAUGUUUGUUCAGUACCCACUGUAAUAAUGAAUUCACUAACUAGUGAAAUUCAGGGAUUUUCUAAAUCGCAUCUGAAGAAACAGUCCACGCGGGUGACAACAAUCACCGGAAGACAAUUAAUAGAAACUCGGAGCGGCACUUCAGUCCUUCUGGCAGAAUGCUCCACGGAGCGCAGCACAGACUGCGGGUUUGUCCAGGAUUUGAGUUUGGACCUACAAGUUGGUCUUAUCAAACCAUUUAUUUUAAUCUCUUCCCAAGAUGCUGCUCAAGAUAUUGACACAUUGAGGAAAUACAAGGUGACACACAUACUGAAUGUAGCGUACGGGGUGGAGAACGCCUUCCCUGACCUGUUCCACUAUAAAACAGUGACUGUGCUCGACGUCCCGGAGACUGACAUCACAUCCUGCUUCCAAGAGUGCUUUGCCUUCAUAGACCAAGCCAGAGAUCAGGGAAGUGUGGUGUUACUCCAUUGCAAUGCUGGGGUGUCCCGCUCAGCCUCCGUGGCGAUAGCGUACCUGAUGUCCCGGGACGCGCUCUCCUUCCAGGAGGCCUUCGAUGCCGUGAAAGCCGUCCGUCCGUCCAUCCGCCCCAACCCUGGCUUCCUCACGCAGCUGAAGACCUACACACCCUGAGUUACAAACCCCCCCCCACACACACACACACACACACCCUGACAG